UCAGUUCUGUCGGAGUUAAUGAUUAUGAAGAAGACACCAACGAUGCACAUGCUUUGACUACUCCAUCUAUGAAAUCAUCUCGUCAGGCGCCAACACGACCGCCUAAGAGAAUAUCAGCUGGUACAAAACCAAUUAGUAAGAAGACUGUUUCGCCUAAACCAACUUUAUCAUCCAGUGGUUCAGAUAAUGCAUGUAAGUUUAAUUGA